AUGUCCGAACACGCCGAGGAAUCAGAGGAUAGCGAUGGUCUGAUCAAGGAUACAUUCGAUGAGGAUACACUCACUCAGCUGAGCAGCCUUAUCGCUUCCGGAAGAGGCGUUCGUAUGGAUGAGACCCCGGCGUUCAACAUGAGGCUAAUUGCUGAGGUGAAAGCUCGACGAUACCUUUACGAUCACACUGACGAAGGCUACAAUCUCAUUCCUUGGCGAAACAACGCAUGGGUAGAGAUUGCGGACGCUCUUGACUCAUCUCCAGAACACGUGAAGACGCGCUGGAAGACAUUACGAGAUCGUUUCAAAAAAGAGGAGAAAAAGGAGAAAAUGACGGGGAAACCGGCAACAUGGGUAUUCCAGAAACCGUUACGUUUCAUACAAACACUUCCCAAGGAUCGAUUACCAGACGACAGUACGGUAGUGGUGAAAGAGGAACAACAAGAUAAUGGACAUAUUUCACCAAUGGAAACCGCUAUCUCAUUCAUAAAGCAAGAGAUGAGUCGUGUGGCUGAGGCGGCGGCUGAAUCCAGCACCGCUGAGGUCGCGACAACGUCUCCGUCUUUGACGCCUCUUUCAAAUCAAGAUCCAUGCGAUCUUCCUCCUUCAGAAAAACGUGCUCGAGUUAGCCUUACUGAUCAUAUCCUUCCCUUAAAUCCAAGUCGUUUUCUUGCCCCACCUAUCUGGCAGAGAAUAGAAGACGAAGAAGAGGAAAUGUUCGGUCAUAUGGUGGCACUACGACUUUCGAAACUCAAUCCGAAAGCGAGAGAAAUGGCUAAGAUGCGAAUAAUGCAGGUAUUAUUUGAGGUGCAAUUUGGCACCCAAUCCUCAACAUGA